AUGGUGCUGUGUGGAGCCAUGGCGGGCGACGUGAUGGGAAAUGCGAGCCGCGUGCGCCGCGCGCCGUUUACGCACCAUUCGCACCGCGUCAUGACGGACGAAGAAAUAGACGCAACCGCGUCGUGGAAGCGGUCGCACUGGCGCGAGAUGCAGUCGAUACUGCGGCGCGAGGGCUCGCAGCGCGACGUGGUCGAAUGCUGCCCUUCAGUCCUCGAGAUGGUCGCCAAGAAAGGCGGUCGCACCCCCACCGGCCUCUACGUAGAACUCUACGAGGACGGUGAAAACAAGCAGAGGCUCUACGAACUCUCUUGCGCACCCGACGUCGUAGACAAGCCUUGCAGAUUCGUAGACGCUCGCCUAUACAACCAGUCCAGAUGUGUCCAGAAGUAUUCAUAUUCGUACGCGCUAGUUAGGUACUCUUCGGCCACCGAGAUGCCCCCACGGCAUCGACCAGAGGGCCACUUCUCCGUACCUGGCUCCGGGGGCUGGUCCAUGGACUAUGUGAUAGUUCGCGCCGGCUGCGAGUGCCAGAUCACGCCGCCUAAACGUAAGAGUGCGCACAGGAAACGUCUGGAGAGACACAGGCAGAGGAAGAGGAAUAAACGGUUGGAGGAGGACGAUGACACUUGA